AAAAAAAAGUAGCACGAUGGUUUGUUUUAACAUAAGCAUUAUGCUAAAGAACUUUUUGCCGGUGAAUGCAUAAUGGUUCUAUGAAGAAUUGAGAGAAAUAAUUUCCAGCCUUGAUGAAAGCAAAAAUAAGAAUUACGGACAACAGACAAAGAAAAACAAUGAAAUCUUAUACACAUAAGCUGAAUCAGAUUUUAAUGAAAGUACCAUUUAAAUGAAGAGACUUUUUGAAAGGAAGAAUUUUGAGGAAUUUUGGGGUGAAAAAAAAAGCAAAAAACAAAAAACAGCCGCGAGAUUUAAUCAAAAAGAACAACAACAAAAAGAACAGCUAAAGAACAUAAAUGAAAAAUAACAAAAGCAAUGAUUGAAUACCAUACAAAAACUUAAGAUAUUCACAAAGCAUUUUGUAAAGCAGCAGUGUCCAUGACUUUUAUAUAGAUUUAAGACAUUUUUGAAAUCAUCUGACCUUUUCAUAUCAUUAAGUUAAUAAAAACUACAACAAUAAAGGCUGUAUAUGUCUGUGUAGGACAAGAAAAAUUUAUAUUCAACUCAAUAAUAAAAUUUAUAGUAUUUGAAAUGGAUAGCUCCCAAAAUUUGAAUAUGUACUCCACGGAACAUGUGAAUAAUAAGAAUACAGAUCAAGAAACCAAAAGUAAAGACAAUAGUCCUGUCAAGUCAAUGGCCGAGAAGAACUAUUCCAAACUCAACAGUAACAAUUUGUACAAACAAAAGAAUUUGAUUCCACAGAAACCUGCAAACACUUGGUUCAAUAUGAAUGCCGUGAAGACCCUACCCCUUACAGAAAGUAAUUUUGUUGGUCGAAGAGAUGUGUCUGAUCCAAACACUCUACAAGAAAUUCGGAUUACUAGUGCCAAAGGAACUAUUCGGGGCUAUAAGAAUAGAGUCCGUGCCGGUAUAGUGACAUUUCUCAAAGAACAAAGUGAUGGAGAGUGGAACUACCUUAAGUGUGAAAAGGGUAAAAUCAUUGUCUACAUGACAAGCAUGAGAGUUGUGAGACAAACAUACGACCGCUGCCAGAAAGUACAAAAAAUUCUACAGACCCAUUUAGUGAAAUAUGAAGAGAGAGAUCUAUUUAUGAGCAAAGAAAAUCAAAGAGAGCUACGUGAAAGACUUGGCAAGAGCGAUGUAACAAUUCCACAAGUCUUUGCUGAUGGCCUAAAUUUAGGGACGGCAGAAACCUUAGAAGUUCUAAAUGAAUCUGGAGAAUUAAGAGAGAUUUUGAAAAACUUUGAGAAAAUUACAGUGCAAACAGAAUGUUCAAAAUGUGGUGGAUAUAAUUAUGUCCCAUGCUCAGUGUGUCAUGGAAGCAAGCGCUCCAUUCAUCGGAAUAAUUUCACAGAAGAAUUUGCAGAACUCCGCUGUGUUUUUUGUGACGAAAACGGACUUUUAAAGUGUGAUCAUUGUCUAAAUAACGAAUAGACGACUGGUCAGAAAUUGGUUUCGGAAUAUCCCUAAUCAGGUGUAAACCUAAAAAAAAAAAGAAAGAAGAAAAUAAAGAGCGGAGAAAGAAAAAGGAGAAAAAAACAAAGAAGUUUUGUGUUUCUUUCUCAUUGGUUAUAUUUGAAUCUAACUUGUACAUAAAGUCUAAGCAUUCUUUCAGGAAACAUGGAUUCCUGGACUUUGUUCUUGUGUAGAUGAAUUUUUUAGUUUGUAAGUGAAGAUGGUAAUUUAGUUGUGUUGUACAGCUCUUUCAUGUUCUGGCGCUGAGCUGCACUUUCUGCUGUUGUUGCUAAAUUUUCGAAAUCAUUCAACAGAUGCUUGCGUAGUAUACUUAAAAUCAGAUGGCCUGAACACAUAAGCAAUAUGGAGCUAUGGCAAGGAACAAAUCAAGUUUCGAUUAGGGAGCAAAUAUUUAAGAAAAAGUGGAAGUGGAUUGGUAGCACAAUUAGAAAGGACACACCAAAUGCAGCGAAAAGUGCUUAACAGUGGAAUCCGGAUGGAUAUAGAAAGAAGGGUAGGCCUAAGAACUCGUGGCAUAGAUCAACACAAAAGGAACUAGAGAAAGGGGGACAUUCAUGGCAGAGUAUAAAUACAGAAGUAAAAAAUUAUGCGACAUGGAAUUCAAUUAGAAGUGGCCUAUACUCUGCAUUGGAAGGUUAAAGGCAAGAAAGAAAGAAAAACAAAAAAGUGAAGAUAACCUGGUUCGCCAUCAGUUAUGACAAGUAUUUCAGUUGAUGCGAUCAAUGGAACAGCCUACUUGUGAAAUUAACAUGUAGGUGACUGAGUACUCCACAGACAUGUGUAUCAUUAGUAUAGUUUUCAGGGAGAUUCAGUGAGAUAUACUGAAUGUGACAAGGCUGGUACUUUUGAAUUACUGGUAUGAUUCAUUUCUGCUGGCUGAGUGGACUGGGGCAACGUGAAAUAGAGUGUCUUGCUUAAGGACUCAGUGUGCCACUGGGAGUCGAACUCACAACCUCAUGAAAGCCUUAUCUACUAAGUCAGGUUUCUAUCUUGAAGAAAAGGAGAAACACUCCUUAAGGAGGCAAUAAAUGAAGGACCAUUCACAAAACAUGUGGAACCCAAGAAGAGAAAAACCAGAAAAUGUGCAAAGAGGAAAUCAAACUUUGAAGGACAUAAAAAUGCUUCACUUAGGUGCUUUUCAAAAACAGAAUAGUAACGUCAAAUGACAAGAACAGCUGGUUUAUUGUUAUGGAAAAAGAGCACAGAAGAAAGAGACUGAAGGAAUGACAUUGGUGGCAUAGAGAAAAAAAGCCUUAAGGAUAAAUUGGAUGAAAUGGAUGGUGGUGGUGGUGGUGAUGAUUGUGACGGUGAUGAUGAUCGUGAUGGUGAUGAUGAUGAUGAUGAUGACGAUGAUCGUGAUGGUGGUGGUGGUGGUGGUCAUCGUCGUUGUUGUCGUUAUCAUCAUCUUCAUCAUCAUCAUCAUCUUUUGACAUGGUUGAACAACCAAUUCCAACCAGUCGGGAUUCAUGUUGCACAUCAUAA